UUCCAUUACUAGGUGUUCAGGAAAAAUAUUGCUACUCCUGGAUUUAGUUAAUAUUUACAAAUUAUGAAAACAAAAUUAGAUGGAUACCAUUGAAAGAUUAAGUGACGGUACAAUACCGUACAGAAGUUUUUAUGCGAGGUAUAUUGAGAGUAAUUGGCCGGCUAUAAUAACCAACGUGUCCAAUGAAUGGGAAUGUAGUAAAAACUGGGUACUUCGAAAUUUCCUUUCCGACGAGAGUUUCCAGACAAGCGUCAUUAAUUUCGAUUAUCUUAAGCAUAAAAUAAGCAAUCGUUUGGUGCCUGUAACGAACUGUUCCGGGUACUUUAAGCAAAAUAGUGUCAUGGAGAUGCACUUUCACAAUUUCUUGGAAUACUGGGAAGGGCAGCACAAAACUGGGACUCACAGCGUAGACUCUAUAAAAGAGUGCAAUAGUUUAUAUCUGAAAGACUGGCAUUUAAAAGCACAACUACCCAGCUAUGAGUUCUAUAAAGUGCCAGAUUAUUUUUGCUCAGAUUGGUUAAAUGAGUAUCUUGUGAAGCAUAACCGUGACGAUUAUCGAUUUGUUUAUAUGGGACCGAAAAAUUCAUGGACCCCUUUCCAUGUAGACGUCUUCGGAUCAUUCAGUUGGUCUACUAAUGUGUGCGGAUGCAAAAAAUGGAUUCUUCUACCUCCCGGUGAACAAUAUAAAAUAGCAGACCGUUUCGGAAAUAUUGCAUAUAAUGUUAGCGAGAAGCUAUUAUAUGAAAACAAUGUAAAUUUCUUUGUGAUUUACCAAAAAGAAAAUGAAGCAGUAUUCGUGCCGAGCGGUUGGUAUCACCAAGUAUGGAAUAUUACCGAUACCAUUUCCGUCAACCAUAACUGGUUUAAUGCAGCUAAUAUAAAAUAUAUUUGGUGUAAUAUUUCGGAAAAUUUGAGAAAAGUAAUUUAUGAGAUCAACGAUUUAAGGAAAAAUUGUAACUUUGUAUCAACAUGUCAAGAAAUUCUUAAGGCGAAUUUCGGGUUAAGUAUUUCUGGUUUCCUUGAUAUUCUGUGUUUCAUAGCCGAGACUCGUUUAUGUUUGCUUAAGGACGGGCAUCAAAAAUCGUGUUUAAGCGGGACCAAAAAACCAUCCGACUUUUAUCUGAAUAAAAACCAUAUUAACAAUGAUUUAAAAAACAUUAAUAUUCUUUUGAAGGUUAUGGCGCAAGAUAAGAUCGUUUACAAUUGUUCUAUGUUGUACGAACGGUGUAUAAGAUAUAUAGAUCUAAGUAAUCCUUGUAAUAAACAAAAAAUUAGGACAUAGAAGCCCAAUAAAACAUGAUUUUAAUAAUAAUA